CUAACCAUAUAUGAACCGUUCUAGAUUACUGCUGUACUGGAGUAGAAAGCAAAACAUAUACAAACAUUAUACAAUAUUUAUAGUUUAUAUAAUUCUAUGUUUUUAAUCAGGGACUGUAUCAUUGAGUUUGUAAACAACAAUUUUGGACAUUUAAUGAGUCUGAGUUGUCAUGUUUUGUUUUAUUUUAAGAAAAUAAAUCCAAGAUAUUAUUAACUGUUUAUGUACAAGAUAUAUUGUCAAUUUCACCGUUUAUGAACUUUGGACACAUAACAAGAGAAAAGUACAACGGUGACGGAUCGUUUCUUGUAUAUUAUGGUAUUUUCUAACAUGACAAAUUGAAACUAUCUGUUGUACCGGACGUAGCUUACAAGCAGAAAAAAAAUCAUCUACCGCACACUUGAUAAUGGACAAGGCUUUAGUGUUUUAAAGUUAAAACCGUUAACAUUUGAAGUUUCUUUUAACGAAUAGUCAUGAAAUUUGGUCACAAACGAAAAUAAGACCAAGUCAAUGAUGACGAUCUUCCCGGUGAUUCUGACCAUUGUCUCCAUCCUGAUACACUCAACUUUACAGUCCCAAAAUGAAGAAGAUUAUCAUACUCAUCCAUGUAACAGAGAAUGUUUAGACGAUUCCGAACCAAAAGAAUGUAAAUAUGAUUUUACCAUAGAGUAUUACUACACCCUGACUCAAGCUUGUUACGAUUGUCCUUAUAAUAUCACCGACUGUUUACGUCCACAUUGUGUUUCUGCAGAUGGUGUGUCACGUGCAAUAAUGACAGUUAACAGGAUGUUGCCUGGACCAGCCAUACAUGUGUGCAAAGGGGAUACAGUAGUAGUAAACGUUAAGAAUAUGUUAGAAGGAGGUGAAGGUGUGUCACUCCAUUGGCAUGGUGUUCUUCAAGAAGGUACCCCACACAUGGAUGGCGUCACUAUGAUAACACAAUGCCCUAUUCAUACACAUACCACAUUUCAGUAUAGAUUUAAAGCAAAUGACCCUGGAACACAUUUCUGGCAUGCACAUUCCGGUCAGCAGAGAACGGAUGGUAUGUUUGGAUCUUUUGUCAUCAGACGGCCAAGAUCACACGACUUAAGUUCCAUCCACUACGAUGAAGAUCUCCCCGAACACACUAUUAUGUUAAACGAUUGGUUAGAUCAGAUGGGAGCAGAAGCUUUUGCUGCGGGACAUCAUGCAAUGAAAGACCAUUUUCCUAGUUCGAUUCUCAUAAAUGGACGAGGAACUGUCAAAGAAUUUAAUGAAAUGACAGAUCACGGUUCCCACCAUAAAGAUACGACUUUAGCAGAAGAUAUGAUUAUGGACACUUUGACAACUACUCGCACAAUGGAAAUGUCUCACGGUGAUCAUAUGUUUGAACACAUGAUGCACAAAAGAAGUUCAGAAAAUGCAGAAAUGCAAUCGGUUCAUAAUAUGCAUAAUAUGGAAACUGGCGCCAACAGCAUGUCUGAUCUCGAUGCACGUCAUACGCCGCAUUCACUUUUCAGAGUUAAACAAGGAAAGAGAUAUCGCUUUCGAAUAAUUAGUAAUGGCAUCGCCAACUGUCCCAUACAGUUCUCCAUCGAUCACCAUAGUUUAACUAUGAUAUCAACAGACGGAUCACCAUUCAACCCUAUCGCAGUUGAAUCAUUUACCAUUUUUGCAGGCGAAAGAUACGAUUUUGUUCUGACUGCUAAUCAACACACGCGAAACUACUGGAUUAGAGCACGAGGACUAGCCGAGUGUGGACCUGAAUACAAAUCAGUUAGUCAGACGGCUUUCCUUACAUACGAAGAUGCUGCUAUUGUUUUACCCCCAGAAUCCCCUGAUUAUCAAAGCGGAAAUAGACAAGGGCUGAUGUUAAACCCUUUAAAUAUCGGGCCAUCAAGAGGAUUUAUAACUGUAGAUCAACUUGAUUCUUCAGUUCCUGAUGACGAUGUGUUAAAACCAGUGCCAGACAAGAAGUUUUAUAUAGCAAUGGAUUUUAAUAUGGUGGAAAACCCAUAUUUUCAGAACAGCAAAUACUAUUCACUUAAUACCAUGAUGAACAAACAUGGACAUGGGAAACACAGCAUGCAUAUGUUGUCACCACAGCUUAAUCAUAUAUCAUUUUUGGUGCCUCCAUCGCCCCCACUUACCCAACAUUCAAAGACUAUAAAUGACUAUUUCUGCAAUGAAGAUACUAUGAGAGAUAAGGAUUGUGCCACAGAAUUCUGCCAGUGUACUCAUCGUCUCAAAGUACAGCUUGGAGAAGUUAUUGAACUUGUAUUGGUUGAUGAAGGAAAAUCGAUGAAUAAUAAUCAUCCAAUGCAUUUACAUGGACAUAGCUUCAGAGUAGUAGCGAUGGAAAAGCUAAAUACAUCAACAACAGUCGAGUUUGUAAAAGUAUUGGAUGCAAUGGGACAAAUCAAGCGGAAGUUACAAAGGGCCGUGUUGAAGGAUACAGUCACUGUUCCUGAUGGUGGAUAUACCAUUAUACGAUUCAAGGCAACUAACCCAGGUUUUUGGUUGUUUCACUGUCAUAUAGCUUUUCACAUGGCAAUGGGUAUGACUUUGGUAAUUCAAGUAGGCGAAACACACCAAAUGCCAAAACCUCCGAAAAGCUUUCCAAAAUGUGGCGAUUGGACUCCAGAAUCAGUAGAUGAUGAAGUACCUGAAGAAUUUAAAUCAUGUCCACAAUUACCAACUUCUAUAGCGACAUCUACAACAACUGCUGCCACGACAACGAAAGCAUCUACAACACUACCAUCGGAAAAUCAAUACUUGGGUGGUCUUUCACAGACACGUGACGUUGAUGGCAGUUCAGUUACACUUCAUUAUGUUCUACUUCUAUGGAUGACUGGUAAAAAGUCGAAUAACACAACACCAGCUUUAAAUAUGUCAAAACCCAAUCGUGUAAACAAUUAUGGCCAUUUUCCAAUUCCAGUCAGCAAUGGCGCCAAAAAAUUUCUUCCAAAACCUGCAGUUAAUAUACAUGCUUUACGUAACAUCCCCGAUAUUCCUAUACAUCUAACUGGACGUGCUCGAACUACUCUUCAGGAACUAAUACAAUAUGCUAAACCACUUGACAUGCGUAAACCUUCAAGAACGAGAGGAAGAAUGUUAAAACGUUUAAGACAUAAGACAAUCCUUGGGAAAAAGUUAUCAAAUAUUUUAAAGAAACAACAGCUUAGAAGAUUACAUAGGUGAUUUAAACAUUUCACAAAUUCGAUACAAUGUUGAAAUCCACCAAUUCUUUGGUCAUCGCUAUCAUCCCGGAUUUAAACAUGGGUGACUUUUGACAGAGCUAUGGGAUCUUUACACAUUGGAUAUUUGUGUAGUGGGUACUACUGACAACAACCAGGUAUGGUUGUUAACAUUGGUUCACUUCGUGCUUUAGCAUUGUUUAUAGCUGAGAAAUCUUUGUCGAUGACAUUGAUUAACUGCAGACACGUUAACACGUUGCAUCAAAAAUUCGUGGCUGUGAAGUACGUAUUGUACCUGUACUGAUUGGAUCAAUUCAUACUUUUGGGCCGAGUCUGUUUGCAUUUUGAACGGAUAACGGAUAGGACAAGAAAACUUGUGCAUAGUUUUCAUGUUAAUUGUGGAACUUACAUUUUAUUGUUUCAAUCAAUUUGAAUAGUUUUUUCCAUUUUAUCACACAUAUUACAUAUACAUGUAUAUUGAAAAUUAUAAUUGCGGAUUCUAAGCAAAAACGAAAGCAAUUACAAUCAUUCAUGCGGUUUACGAAGAAAACACAGUCUGUAGUCACAUAAAAAAAUUUUAUUUUUGUGUUGUAAGAAAAAAAAAUCAUAUUUUCUUCAUCUCCUACAUCUGAUUUCAACCUAAUUUUUUUAAUUAAAUUGAUUUUUUUUCUCACUAAUAUUUAAUAUAUUUUAUUUAUUUUAUUUCAAUUUUUUGUAUUAAUUCUCUUAUUUGCAUUUGCAUUUAAUUUAAAACGAUUAAGGUAAGGCUUGAGAAUUAAUUUUUUUUUCUAACGGCGAUUAUGGGAAUAAUUCCUAAAGGAAACACCAAACUGUGGUUUCUGUAUAUCAUCUUUUCUUGUAAGUUAAGUCACAAAUACUCGGGACCAGUUUUGUGAAUGCAUUAUAUAUUGAAUCAUAAUUCAUAUAAAAGCAUUCAGUGUAUUGCCACAGUUAUUAUUUAUUUUAACUAAUUGUAUUAUGCAUGUUUACCAUUUUGUCAUUUGUAACUAAGUUCAUUGUUGUUUUCAUGUUUUGUUGCUUUGUUUUCUUCAAAUGUGAUAAUACAUAGAAAAUUCAAAAGUACAAAUAAAAAUCUGACGAUAACAUUAAAAUAGAGAUAUGUAAUUUUUUCUGUACUGAAUAUAACAAAUAAAGAUUUGACAUUUAUAUUCCUUUAUGAAACACAUUGUAAAAAAUCUGCAUGGCUUAAGAUUCUUUCUCUUGCUUUGUAUUCGAGUAUUCGGAGGACAUAAAAACAAAAUCUAAAACACUCAUUGCAUUGAAGAACCUUAAAUUUAUUAACUCUCUGUAAUUAAAGUAUAAAUA